AUGUUCCUCUUACAUUUAAUAUUCUGUUAUUUGACUGUGGUUGUUGCCUACAAUCAGAACUUCUCCUCCGAGCUACACGAUGAAAGUGAUUUAUUGGUGCGAAAGGCGCGCUGGCUGCCUCUCAUCUAUCCAAGUUCUUAUCCCGCUAGACUUAAAUUCAUAGCGGGCUUUGGUAUACCCGUGGACGAUCUAAACAUUGAAUCAAUUACCUCUGGGUAUGUGUUGAAAGCUCAGUACUAUUUACCCAACCGAGCCAAGCAACUACGCGUCAAGGAUAUUCACGGUAUAACCGAACGACAGUUCGCGGAUAAUGCCACCAUAUUCCAGCAGACUAUGCAAAAGACCGACGAAGAACUGGGCAUACCUACGAGCCAUAUGGAUGAGACCACACAUGCUCUCAGUGGCUAUCGCUGGGCCAUUUACAAAAGCUUUGAGACCAUGGCAAUACGCAUGAAUCUCAAUGGACGACAGUGUAUUUUGAAGAGCCUCUGCGAGAACUCUGCAGCACCGUUCGAUGAGCGCAACGGACUGCUGGGUGAGCUGCUGCACAUAUUGCUAACGCCUUCAAGCUCAAUAGAUGCUCUAUCAGAGCAUACGGAUAACGAUUACCUACAGGCGGAGCGACUGGGACAUGCGGGUGCUGAUUGUGAUCAAAUUUAUGCUAAUUGCCCGAAAUCUCUAUUGGCGCACUUUAGUGAUGUGCAGCACUUAGGCAGUGAAUUUCUGAAGAUAUUGGGCUGA